AUUUGCACAGUCAUUUUGAAGUUUACCCCCAUGCUUUUCCCAAGCAUACUAUGAAUUUACCAUAGUGUGCUUUACCAUCCCUCCCUGUGCUUUACCAUCCCUCUCUGUGCUUUACCAUCCCUCCCUGUGCUUUACCAGACCUCCCUGUGCUUUACCAUCCCUCCCUGUGCUUCCCUAUGCUUUACCAUCCCUCUCUGUGCUUUACAAUGCUUCCCUAUGCUUUACCAGACCUCUCUGUGCUUUACAAUGCUUCCCUAUGCUUUACCAGACCUCUCUGUGCUUUACAAUGCUUCCCUAUGCUUUACCAGACCUCUCUGUGCUUUACAAUGCUUCCCUAUGCUUUACCAGACCUCUCUGUGCUUUACAAUGCUUCCCUAUGCUUUACCACACCUCUCUGUGCUUUACAAUACUUCCCUGUGCUUUACAAUGCUUCCCUAUACUUUACAAUGCUUCCCUAUGCUUUACCAUACCUCUCUGUGUUUUAUUACCCAGUGUGCUGUGCUUUUGCGUCGGUGAGCUUUUGUAAGAGACCCGCCCCAGAGCCUGUUCUGUAAACAGCGAGAGGUUUAGGUGGAGAUUAGAGAGCGUCCGCUUCCACACACAGGGCAGCAUUGUUUGUAAAGUAACAGAUUAGCAUAUCAAGUGACCAGGACACAGGGGUGGGACGGAGCUGUCCUCCCUCGCACAAGUGGACAAACCUCAGUCCUCUCAGUUCUCUCAGUCCUCCACGCUGCUCAGAGACCGGCGACAGUCUUCCAGGCUCUGCCAUACCGCUCUGGGCUUUACAAUGAUGACAUAGUCCUGACCCUGCUUUCACUUUGCUGUAUUACUCUUUGCUGGGCUAUCCGCAGGUACAGCAGGAAACAGACUGACCCUGACCCUGACCCUGACCCUGACCCUGACCCUGACCCAACCCGGUCCAGUGAGCUCCAGGACCUUCGCUGUGCAGGACAGAGUGUCUGUCUGCCUGCCUGCCUGCCUGCCUGCCUGCCUGCCUGUCUGCCUGCCUGCCUGCCUGUCUGCCUGCCUGCCUGCCUGCCUGUCUGUUCUGUGUUCCCCCUCCCUGUGCCGGGGGCUCCCCCUGCUGGCAGUCACAGAGCACUGCAGGAUGACGGUCACAUACACCAGGCGGGUGGCGGACGCGCGGCUCGGCACCUUCUCUUUGCUCCUGCUGCGCUGGCGGGGGAGCAUCUACAAGCUGCUGUACCGCGAGCUGUUCAUCUUCCUGGGGCUGUACUACGCACUCAGCGCCACCUACAGGGUGAUUCUGACAGAAGGACAGAGGAGGAUGUUUGAGAAGCUGGUUCUGUACUGCAAUCACUACUCCGGGCUCAUUCCAGUCUCCUUCGUGCUCGGUUUCUAUGUCUCUGUGGUGGUCUCUCGCUGGUGGAGUCAGUAUGAGAGUAUCCCCUGGCCGGACAGGCUCAGCAGCCUGGUCUCGUGUCACGUGCAGGGAGCGGACGAGCGUGGCAGGCUGCUGCGUCGCACUCUGGUUCGCUACGCUAACAUGGCGAGCGUGCUGAUCCUGCGCUCCGUGAGCACCGCCGUCUACAAGCGCUUCCCCACCAUGGAACACGUCGUGAGGGCAGGGUUCAUGAGCGCCGAGGAGCACAAGAAGUUUGAGAGCCUGCAGUCCCCUCACAACAAGUUCUGGGUCCCCUGCGUGUGGUUCACCAGCCUGGCUGUGCAGGCCAGGCGAGAGGGGCGCAUCGACAACGACGUGGUGCUGCAAGCCAUACUCAACGAGCUGAAUACCCUACGGCAGUGCUGUGGGACUCUAUAUAGCUACGACUGGAUCAGCGUGCCCCUGGUGUACACACAGGUGGUGACGGUUGCUGUGUAUAGCUUCCUGCUGGCCUGUCUGAUUGGCCGGCAGUUCCUGGACCCCGCGCAGGGGUACCCCGACCACGACCUCGACCUCUACAUCCCCGUCUUCACCCUGCUGCAGUUCUUCUUCUACCUGGGCUGGCUCAAGGUGGCUGAGCAGCUGAUUAACCCCUUCGGCGAGGACGACGACGACUUUGAGUCAAACUGGUUCGUGGACAGGAACCUGCAGAUCUCUCUCUUGUCGGUGGAUGAGAUGUAUGAUAAUCUGCCGGCUCUGGAGAGGGAUCUCUACUGGAACGACUGUGACCCGCAGCCCCCCUACACCUCGGCCACUGCAGAGUACCGGAUCCACUCCUUCAUGGGCUCCACCUUCGACAUCAGCAUGCAGAAGGAAGAGAUGGAGAUCCAGCCCCUGGAGCAGAUCAAAGAGGGGGUAGAGGUGAACCACUCCACCCCUCUGCUGGGUAACCUGGGACGGCUGCUGGGUCUGCAGUCUGCCUCGUUCACUCGCUCCAGCUCCCGGCUCAACCUGCUGCAGAGGCGCGGGGGGGGUCCCUCGAACAGCCGCUUCCCCCUGUACACGCACCCCACGCUCUCCCCGUACCCCAAACCCUACAACCCCGGCCUCUCAUGGCUGCAGCAGGGGGAGCGCGACGGCCUGGACCCCGACAGAGACCGGGACCUCGAUUUCGCCUUCACCUCCGUCCCCUUCCACGGCCGGCCGGGCUUCUACAGCUGCCCGCAGACCCCCAUCCACUCUGUGCCCAUGGUGUUCCCCCCCUGCCCUCGCCGAGGGCCCCAGCGUGUGGCCCCCCGGACAGGGCAGGACUGGGAGCGCGGCUCAGGGCUGCUCGGGGCUCCCCCACACCUGCCCGACUCCUCCCUCCUCUGGUUGAACGAAGACUCUGCAGGGGGUCAGGCCGAUCAGCAGCCUCGCUCCAGAUCCAGCCCCCUCCCCUCGCACCCCAGACCCCCGGACGAACCCCCUCUCUUCUCCUUCGAGGCUCAGCCCCCUCCCCAGCCACCCCCUCCUGCUCUCUCCGAGGCGGGGAACAGGCUGAAGCCAGCCAAGGGUCUGAUGGCUCGCCGGGACCCCAGACUCACGCUGGAGAACCUGGCUCUGGAGAGUCUGUCCUCACCGAGUGGGGCUCGCACCCCGGGGGGCGGCGCAGGGGGGGGCGUGUUCUGCUUCCCCCCCCCUCCACCCAGCAGCCGGGAGACAGGGGAGGGGGGCUCAGCGCCACAGAGCCCAGCUACAGGGGGCCCCGCUUCCCGAACGACUCUGGGGUCUCCCUGACUGGGGGGGACCUCCUGCUGCCCAGCCCGCCUGGGGAUCAUGGGGGCUGCAGCCAGGGUGACAACCUCCAUGAUGACGGCAAGCUGGACAGCAGAUUCCACUCCCAGUGCAAACCAGAGGACCCUUCAGCCAGGUCCCAGCCUGACCAGUGACCCUCCAGGGUUAUAAAAUCCAUUUCCCUUCACCUGUUUGGUUUAUUAGUGCCUUUGUUUCACUGCAUACUUUGUUCUCCACCGAUAGCGUUUCCUGUAGAUAAUACCUCGUUUCCAGGAGCCCGGAUUGACCGGCGCUCCCAGCUCAUCCAGGCUCCUCCCGCACUCCCCUUGUCAGUCGCACCCGAGUUCCAGCUUUUUUUUUUUUUUUUUUGUAACUAAAUAAACCCACAAAGAAUAUUAAAGUCGGGAGAACCCUGCGCACCCGGAAGUGGAUUCAGUGUUUCCGCCCACUUGUCACUUGAUUGGUCAGUGUUGGGAUUGCCUUCCACCCAUCCUGCUUUGGGGAAGGGUCAGAAAAAUAUCAGGGGCAGCCUAUGAGGGUCGUCUAAACUAAGAUGGAAACGCAGUGUCAGGUACAGCAUGGUUUUCAACCUGGGCUGAGUGGUGCAUCGAAACAGACACAACACACACCAGGAACACUGUGCAUCGAAACAGACGCAACACACACCAGAGACACUGCGUUUCACUGUUUAAUUGACUCCUAGCAGUACAUGUUGUACUUGUAGAAAUCUCUGCAUUACACAGAUCACUACUCAAGUCUUGCUCGUUAUUUGCUAAUUGUUAGUUUUGAAGACACCAGUGUUAAUGAACUACCUAUUUUAAUGACUCUUACCCAAAAUGUGAUUUUAAAAUAUGCAUUUAAUGAUAGUAAUGUUGAAUGGCUGCAUCCCUGUCUUGUUAAAUCAUUAAUAAAGAUCUAUU